CUCAGCUGGUGUCUGAACUGAAAUGGACCCGGAGAUUCGCCGUUUUGUGAUUUAAAUCGCGGCGUUUCUGAUUUUUUUUACUGUUCGCCUGAAUUUAUUUAUCUAUUCAUCAUUUUUUUAAAAAUCUUUUGCUCGUGCGAGUCCACACCACCGGGACACCAAGACACCUGGAGCAGGAGGAGGAGAUGGACCCGCCGCCGAAUUCAGAGAAAUCUCAUCUUAUUAACGAAAAAGGCGCCAAAAUGUACUCCUUCAAACUGAACAGUGAAUUUCCUGGUUCCAAAGAAAGCUACCCGAAUCUGCCUUUUGAGAACGGGGACACUGCUGGGGCCAUUGAGCUGAAGAGGCCCGUUGGAGCCCAUUGCCACGGAAACAAAGCAGCCUGGGAGGAGAACCGGGAGAAGCUGGUGGCUAAGAAGAAGCUCUACAUUGCCUCCAUAGUCUGCCUGGUCUUCAUGAUUGGAGAGGUCAUUGGUGGCUACCUUGCCCACAGCCUGGCCAUCAUGACAGAUGCUGCCCAUUUGCUAACUGAUUUUGGCAGCAUGAUGGUCAGCCUCUUCUCCCUCUGGAUCUCCUCCCGACCUCCCACCAAGACCAUGAACUUUGGCUGGCACAGAUCAGAGAUUUUGGGGGCGCUGAUAUCCGUAAUGUCCAUCUGGAUAGUAACUGGGGUGCUGGUGUACCUCGCCAUUGAGAGGAUUGUGAAGAAUGAUUAUGAGAUCGAGGGUCAGGUGAUGCUCCUCACCUCAGGGUGUGCUGUUGUGGUCAACAUCAUAAUGGCGUACAUCCUCCACCACUCCACGACCUUCCAUGGUCAUGGCUCAGGCUAUCACAAGAUCGACGAAAAUGGAAUGAGCCCUGUGGGCCAUGGCCACUCCCACAGCCUCCUGGGCAGCCAUGGAAACACCAGUGUCAGAGCAGCAUUUAUCCAUGUCCUGGGCGACCUCUUACAGAGCCUUGGGGUGAUGGUGGCAGCCAUCAUAAUCUACUUUCGGCCUGAAUAUAAAGUAGCUGACCCCAUUUGCACCUUCCUUUUCUCCGUGUUCGUACUGGGGACCACCAUUACCAUCCUCAGGGACGUGUUCCGCAUCCUCAUGGAGGGGGCACCCAGAGGCAUUGAGUUUAACUCUGUGAAGGAGGUGCUGCUGUCCCUGAAAGCUGUGAAGGCCAUGCACAGUUUACAUUUGUGGGCUCUGACUGUUGGCCAGACCCUGCUUUCCGUUCAUGUGGCCAUUGAGGAGAACGCAGAUCCUCAGAGUGUCCUGAAGGAAGCCACGGAGCUCCUGCAGACCAAGUUUGGCUUCUACAGCACCACCAUCCAGGUAGAGCCCUACUGUGAGGACAUGGCCUACUGCACCCUGUGCCAAGACCCCAUGGACUAAUAUCACCACACAAUCCUAGUAAAGGCUGUCCUACAGGCUGCCUGUCCAAAAAGGUUUUGUGGAGAGUCCAUCUGGACAUAAAAA